UUCAUGUACUUCCUGUCUUCUGUUUUACUGGGGGUGCUGAUCGAGAAUUGGUUCUGUUUUGUAGAGCCAGGUUUGGCUUCAAUUGCAAGGCAACCCGCAAGAUUGGUGGUCAAGCUAUUUUACUCAAAUGCAACGGUGAUGUGGUUCUUUGUGUCCUCUCAGACCAUCCACCUCGUCGGUUCCUCAUGAAAGACGGGGAGUGUAACUUCUUCUGCUUCUUCCGUUGCUGCUGAGUGGUGUCGGGCUAGUCUGUGGAACCGUGUUCUCUGGGAGCUGUAGUUCCCCCGGUGACGCUGACGGCCGUAGAGCUGUCAGUCAGUCCCAGAGAGAGAGAGAGAGAGAGAGAGAGAGAGAGAGGCUCUGCCGGGGAAUGUCUGUGGACAUGAACAGCCAGGCCUCUGACAGCAAUGAGGAUGACUUCGGGGUCAACUCGGAGGAGGACGAGGAUGACGACGGGGGUGACGAUGAGGACCAGGGGGACAUAGUGGACUACUACGACGGUGUGGCCGGAGACAUGGAGCAGCAGGGGGCCGACUCGUUUGACCCAGAGGAGUACCAGUUCACCUGCCUCACCUACAGUGAGAUCCAGAAGGUGCUCUGCAAGGAGGUCAACAGUAUCGCCGCCAUCCUGAAGGUUUUACCUGCUGUAGCCAAACUGGUCCUUGUGCAUUUUCACUGGCAAGUGUCACAAAUACUGGACAGAUACAAGUCCAACUCAUCUCAGUUGCUGUCUGAGGCCCAGGUCCAGCCCAGCAGCACCUGCAGAUCAGUUCCUACCCCUCAGUCCCUCCAGUGUGGGGUGUGUCUGCAGCUGGUUCGGAGGGAUGCCCUGCUUGCGCUGCCCUGCCAGCACUCCUUCUGCAAAACAUGCUGGGAGCAGCAUUGCACUGUACUCGUCAAAGAUGGGAUAGGAGUGGGUAUCUCCUGUAUGGCUCAGGAUUGUUCCCUCCAAAUGCCAGAGGACUUUGUGCUCCCGCUGCUGCCUGGUGAGGAGCUGAAGGACAAAUAUAGACGCUACCUCUUCAGGGACUAUGUGGAGAGCCACUUCCAGCUGCAGCUGUGUCCAGGGGCAGACUGUCCCAUCGUCAUCCAAGUGCAGGAGCCACGGGCCCGCAGAGUACAGUGCAUCCGCUGCAAUGAGGUCUUCUGUUUCAAAUGCCGGAUCAUGUACCACGCCCCAACAGACUGCCCAACCAUCCGAAGGUGGCUAACCAAAUGUGCAGACGAUUCAGAGACCGCCAACUACAUCAGUGCACACACUAAAGAUUGUCCUAAGUGCAAUAUCUGCAUUGAGAAGAAUGGAGGCUGCAAUCACAUGCAAUGCUCCAAGUGCAAACACGACUUCUGCUGGAUGUGUCUGGGGGACUGGAAGACCCAUGGCAGUGAGUACUAUGAGUGCAGUCGCUACAAGGAGAACCCAGACAUCGUCAACCAGAGCCAGCAGGCACAGGCCAGAGAGGCCCUCAAGAAAUACCUCUUCUACUUUGAGAGGUGGGAGAACCACAAUAAGAGUCUCCAGCUGGAGGCUCAGACGUACCAGCGGAUCCAGGAGAAGAUCCAAGAGCGGGUGAUGAACAACCUGGGCACCUGGAUAGACUGGCAGUACCUGCAGAACGCUGCCAAGCUGCUGGCCAAGUGUCGCUACACACUGCAGUAUACUUACCCCUACGCCUACUACAUGGAGUCUGGUCCUCGUAAAAAACUGAAUGUUCGUUGCUGUGGGAGAUCGUGCUGUCACAAUGCAUAUGAUUUUGAGUAUCAGCAGGCCCAGCUUGAGGCAGAGAUUGAGAACCUGUCUUGGAAGGUGGAGCGAGCAGACACCUACGAGAGAGGGAGUGAGGGGGAGCUGAGCGCCAAUGACCGAGGGGAUCUGGAGAAUCAGAUGCACAUUGCUGAGCAGAGGAGACGCACGCUGCUGAAGGAUUUUCACGACACCUGAAGUUACCAUCCUACUGCAAAGCACCAACAGCUCCCUCCUUCAUCCCUCCCUCAUUAAGUGCUCUAUUUGUCUGCUACAGGGUCUCAGAAUGGCACAGUCCCCCCCCCCAUUUAGAUCUGUCAACAACGCCACAUUCUUACACACUACACCAUGAAAUGAGAAAGCAUGCUCGCGCUCUCACACAUACACACAAACACUCUUCCGAAAAUAAAACAAAUUCUUAAUUUUCCUCCCACGCGGUCCCACCAUCCUUCUACUUUUCUUUCUUCUCACGUUGUUCACCUUUUUCUGGAAAUGGCUGUUAGAUCGUUUAAGAAACGGAAAAUUUAAAAAAUGCUGUAAUUUUCCAUGGUUGUACAUUAAUACAGAAAUAGUUACUGAGUUUUUAAAACAAA